AUGAUGGCGUCACCGAGUCAUGUCCCCGAUCACGGCGGCGAUGGCGACUCGGUCGAGACUCAGUCUCCUGAGCUCAGGAAGGACCCGGUGACUAACCGGUGGGUCAUAUUCUCUCCCGCCCGCGCCAAAAGGCCGACAGAUUUCAAAUCCAAAUCUCCACAGAAUCCUAAUCCAAAACCUUCGUCGUGCCCCUUUUGCAUCGGCCGUGAGCACGAAUGCGCUCCGGAGAUAUUCCGUGUGCCAGAUGAUCCAACUUGGAAACUCCGCGUCAUCGAGAACCUGUACCCAGCUCUGAGCAGGAAUAUCGAAACCCAAUCGAAGCAGCCCGAGACAAAUACAAGUCGGACUAUUACCGGGUUCGGAUUCCACGACGUGGUGAUCGAAUCCCCUCUUCACUCGAUUCAGCUCUCCGAUCUCGAUUCCGUGGGUAUCGGCGAUGUUUUGAUCGCGUAUAGGAAGAGGAUCGAGCAGAUCACACAACACGAUUCGAUCAGUUACAUUCAGGUCUUCAAGAACCAAGGUGCGUCUGCUGGAGCAUCAAUGAGCCACUCCCACAGUCAGAUAAUGGCUCUCCCAGUGGUUCCUCCAACAGUUUCUUCACGACUCGAUGGUACAAAAGAUUACUUCGACGAGACUGGCAAAUGUUGUCUCUGUGAAGCUAAAUCGAAACAUUUUGUGAUCGAUGAGUCGUCUCAUUUCGUCUCCGUUGCUCCUUUUGCUUCUACGUAUCCCUUUGAGGUUUGGAUUGUUCCAAAGGAUCAUUCUUCACACUUCCAUCAUCUCGAUGACGCCAAGGCUGUUGACCUUGGAGGACUUUUGAAACUGAUGCUUCAGAAGAUAUCAAAGCAACUAGACGACCCUCCUUACAACUACAUGAUCCACACUUCUCCUCUCAAGGUCACUGAAACGCAAUUACCUUAUACGCAUUGGUUUUUACAGAUUGUACCUCAGCUUUCUGGGGUAGGUGGGUUUGAGAUUGGCUCAGGGUGUUACAUAAACCCAGUCUUCCCAGAGGACGUAGCCAAGGUUUUGCGGGAAGUUAGCCUUACUUGA